UGGAGCACCGAGGGGCAGGGUAAGAGGCUGGGACUCGAGUCGCGCUAGCCCGAGCCAGUGGCUCUAGGAGUGGGACAGAGGGUUCCUGUGCCCCGCGUGGGAAGUGGCAGAGGCUGGAGCUGGAAUCUUUCUCCUGUGGAAGUGGAAAACAUGAAAUAAGAAUCCUAGACUUUCUAAAGAUUUCGCCAUGGAAGACUUGGAAGGAAAUCACUUCAAUUCAGUGGAAGAAGAAACCCGCUACUGGAAAGAACUGGCUAUGAAAUAUAAACAAUGUGCAGAAAAUACACAGGAGGAACUGCGUGAGUUUCAAGAGGGGAGCCGAGAAUAUGAAGCAGAAUUAGAGACACAGCUGCAACAAACGGAAUUCAGAAAUCGAGACCUACUAUCGGAAAACAAUCGCCUUCGAAUGGAACUGGAGUCAAUUAAGGAGAAAAUUGAAGUGCAACAUUCAGAAGGCUACCAGCAGAUCUCUGCACUGGAAGAAGAACUGGCACAGACAAAAGCUGUUAAAGAUCAACUACAGAAGUAUAUUCGAGAACUUGAGCAAGCAAAUGAUGACUUGGAAAGAGCAAAAAGAGCCACUAUAAUGUCUUUGGAGGACUUUGAACAGCGUUUGAACCAGGCCAUUGAAAGAAAUGCCUUUCUGGAGAGCGAGCUAGAUGAGAAGGAGAACCUUCUGGAGUCAGUGCAGCGAUUGAAAGAUGAAGCCAGAGACUUGAAGCAAGAGCUUGCAGUGCAGCAGAAACAAGAGAAACCCAAAACGCCAAUACGAAGUACACUGGAGGCAGAAAGAACAGACACAGCUGUGCAAGCGACCUUAUCUGUGCCUUCCACUCCUGUCGCUCAUAGGGAACCCAACGUCAGUAUGAGCACUCCAGGAAUAUUUAGAAGAGGCUUUGAGGAUAGUUAUCGCGGGACUCCUCUCACACCAGCUGCCAGGAUAUCUGCACUGAACAUUGUGGGAGACUUACUACGGAAAGUAGGGGCUCUGGAAUCCAAACUUGCAUCUUGCCGAAACUUUGUAUAUGAUCAGUCUCCAAACAGACUGACUAUGUCCUCACCCAUGUAUCUGAACAAGAGCAGAGACGGCCUGGAAAAACGACUGAGCAAUUUUCACAUGCCUUUGAGCGAUAACGGGUUAGGGAAACGCUUGGAGUUUGGAACAUGGCCUUCAAACAUUCCCGCACCAAUGGCACAUUCCCCACAAGGGGUAGUCAAGAUGUUACUCUGAGAGGAUCCUGAGAUGAUGAGGCCAUGAUGGAUUAGGAUUUUUUUUUUUAAACUUUGUCUUUUAAUCUUUCAAGAGAAUAAGAACAAGCAGCCCCAGUAGUUAACUUGAAUAAGGGAAGGUGACUGGCAACAGCAAUUGACUUUUCCACAAGACUGAGUUGUGGAUGCUGUGACAAAGGCGCACUGCUGGUCAGUCUAGUACUGCAAAUCACUUUCCUACAUCAGCUGCUGGAAAUAGCAUCUUGAAAGUUGUUUCUGGAACACUGCUGUCCCAAACGAAUGGCCUCCUAUAUAAAGUAGGGUUAGUAAUCCUCCCCAUAAAUACUGAUACAUUUUGUGUAGCACAGCUAUUGUUUCAGCAAGAGAGUUACGGUGUUAUGAUUUUCUAGUGUAGGGUGCUGCAUGCAUCAGUGGCAUCAAUUAGGGAAAUGUUUGUCUCCAUCCAAAUUUUAAUUUCAUUAUGAGAAUUUUUGGAUCAAAAUCAGUGCAACUGCAAGUCUAAAAUAAAGCCGGGUGGUCAGAUUAAUUUGUUGUCAGAAUCCCAUCAUAUAACAAACUGCCUUUCAUAUGAUAAGAUGUUAGCGAUAAGAGUGACUUACCAUUAAGAUUUCUUAACGGUUAAAGAAGGAAAAAUGCCUUGAUUGCAAAUAUUGAAGAGACCCCCAGAUAUGUAGUAAUGCAGGAAAGAAAUAGUUGUGCUGAUAUAACAAACCCAUAGCAUCUGCAGUUUCUAGCCACUACAUGACUGCAUAACAUGGCAAGACCUACACCACUGACCUAUUGAUAGAGUUAAUCUCAGUUGAUGGGUCGGGGCUUUUUGCUUUCUGACAAUACACUUGAUAAUGUGCCUCAAGUAUGUACCAUAAGAAUAUACCCCUUCUAGCUAUUGCUAGUGAUAUUAAUCCCCCAAAUCCUUAAUUCUGGCCAAGGAUUUUAAGAUAAACUCUUUUAAGAUAAUUUUUUAUCUAACAGAAUAAUGCUCCAAGUUUAAGUGGAGUAGAUUCACCGACAGUAGUAAUAUCAUGUUAUAGAAAUGUGAACUUGCAAUAUGAUGCAGUAUGGCUAAAACUAUUUUUUUGCCCAACAAAUGAAUACAUAAUUGUCUUUUUUAAAAUAUUCAGCUCUGCAAAUACAGAUACUAUUGUACAGGAAGCAACUACAUCUUAAUCUCACUCUUUGAUAUCGAAAUUGUCUGGUUUAAUCAGUGAACAGAAUAAAGCUUAUUCUGAAUGUUAACCUAUGGA